CAAGCUUCAGCAAACUCAAAGGGAUAAAGGUUACAUUUACAGUAGAUGAACGCGGAGGUGGAUUGUCGAACAUUAUUCAGGCACCCAGUGCAAGUUUAGAGAUUCUACUGGGAUUCAAAUGUUUGUUUUUAAACACCAGAUGUAGAUAAUGUGGGAAGUUAAUCAACACUUUUAUGGAGUGUAUAACUGACUGGAAUUAUUUGCAAAUGACGAUGACAGAUUUUAGACCCGGACCUCUCUAUUUCUUUGAUCAGCCAACAGGACGGGGACAUAGGAAGCGCCCCAGAAUGCCCUUGGAGCAUUGCUUUGAUCUGGCAAAUGUGGGCGUGCGCUUGGCAACAAUCAAAAGCCUAUGCGCUCACAGUGAGUGCGUUAACGGUGACAAAUAUGAUGCAAAGAAUGAAGACAAUGCACACAAAGUGCAAAAUAAACCCUCUACCACUGGUAAACCAGAUACCUGGCCCUCUAUCAACGGAUCGUUGGACAUGGGUGGUGAUGAGAGGAAUCCGGAAGCCGCGGCCGUGCCAGCAGACUGGUUGGAUGACAUGGACCCGAUGGAUGCAUACAAGCACAUGGCCCCUCAGUUGUUGAGCGAGUUGGGGAGUGUGCUUUUGCAGUAUGAAGGGCGCGAGGAGGGAUGUAUUCCACACGGCCUCGUGAACGUUCUGAAUUACUCAUGGAAGGAUUUGACCGCAGGGGCAGUUUAUGUCAAACCAUCUUGGAAGUUGGGUGUCGGCAGCGGGAGUGGUGAUGGCGGGAAACCUCGCAAGUCGAAGGGCUUCAUGAAUUUCGAUGAGACUCUUCGGCAGAUAGCGGGAAAGAGAAAGACAAAACAGAAAGCGUCCAAGGUGGAAAAUGGGUCUGAGAAACAGCCUCGAGACUCCAAUUUGCGCAAAAGAUCGUCAGUUUCCCAUGCACUAAAAGCUCAUGUGACCACAACUAUAAGUUUCUCCAUCUCUUCAAAAACCUAUGAAGAGCAAGGUUGGAUCGUCCAGCCUAAGGAACCAACCCAUGAGGAACCUCAGUGGACUAAGCUGUGUCAUUGGGUGGUAGAGAGGCUGCAACUGGCUAGGAUACCGAUUAUGACUUCAUUUAGAAAACAGACAACAGAGCAGGCAGAGAGUGGGCUGAACAAACCACCCAUCCUCCGUCACUAUGGGGAUGCCAAGCCACACUUUAAACACCAGAAGAAGACAGGAGGAGGAAGCGGAGGAGGAGGCAAGACCUGGCCUUACCCUCAGAUACCAGAGGUGAACCAGGAGGACCAGGAUUCACCGCGGCAGAAACUACACUACAGGAUCAAUGAUGGUUCCUCCUUCCUAUACUACCCCUCUGGUUUUGUAGCAGUGUGUCAGAGCCACUCUGGUCUGUCCUGUGGAGGGUUCUAUACUAAUGUGUUCAGUGACCAACUCAGCGCUGUUACACUGGCCAGCAUCACCGCAGUAGGACGGGGCACCGUCACACACCCACUCAGUGGGACUGUUACUGCUGUGUGGGAUCAGCGUGGUGGGAUGACGUGUGACCCAGAAGGAGCUGUCACUAAGGAGUGGACCUGGCAGAUUGGGGUUAAGGAGAGGAUAGUCAUUCAGGUGUCUGAUCAGAUCUCAGUACGGAUGUUGAGCGGUACCUGUACCACCCUCAGCUUUAAGAGUCAGAAUGAGAGUGUCCAGCUACCACUGUCCCCCCUGACCAACAUCACCCCAACUAAAGAAGUGGCCUGUCUGCAGACUGAGGGGGCGUUCACCUCUCUGGCAGCCCAGGAGCUCUCCCUGAGUAAGAAGCACCAGAAGAACCAGGGCCAGCCCAUAGACACCAAGAGGGUGUCAGUGCGUUCCAGUGAGGUGCUACAGGAGGUGGAGAAGCUGGAAGAACCCUGUCUCUUCAGGAGAGGAGGAGGGCGGGCGGGACGAGAACUGAAAAGACUCCAGAGGAGAAUAUGUCAUAUCCUGGACGACUGGCUGGACUUCUACCGGGUCACCACAGGUAUCAAGUUCCCAGAUAUGGAGCGGAUGUCUGAUGGUCCAAUGCGGCCCAGACUGAAGAGAGAGGGCCAGUCAGCAGCCCUGCCCUCCCUCCACCCCACCACAGGGCUGUCAGACAGUACCCGGGGUCUACCAGAGGGGGGAAGCACAGCGCUACAUGCCAGCACCAGACACCUGCCUCCUGCCUCAGAUGUCCUCCUGCCAGGCUCCACCCACAAGUUGUCAUGGACAUUUUCUCCAAAGAAGCAGGGCAAGGAGGGAAGAGAGGAGCCCCUUCAUUUCACACAGUCAGGGACGUUCAGAGUCCACAGCAACGUCAGACUGGAGUCUGUAGUGAUCCCGAGAUGCAGUCCGGAGCUCCGUCUCACUGCCCAACUUCCCCACUACACAUCCUCAAGCCCCUCCACCCCUUACCCCCUUUACAGCCCGUGUCCUGCCCAGCUUAGGGCCGUUCUCCUGGGGUUAGAAGGCCGGACUCACAGGCUGUGUCGCUGUAGCUCCAGGACCAUGCCAGUCGUGACAGAUCAGGAGUAUGAUCCCUUCAUUUGGGGACAGCCCCUCCACAGUGAACAGAUCCUGGUGGUGUGUGUGACACCCCUGCACCAGACCCCCCUCGCCCCUCACAUCCCCUUGUUGCCCAAUGAGGACAUGCUGGAGCUGCUUUACGAGAGGAUGAAUAAGAACAGGACCAUGCCAUGCACUCAGAGUCAGCUGGACUCGUUCCGCCUGGUGAGGUAUGAGCUGUCUACAGGGAAGACCUGCCCAGCUACCCACAAUGCACUGCUGCAGCAGAGACACAAUGCCGCCCUUGGGAUGUUUCUGAUGUACAUCAGAGGGAAGCUGCUGUUCGCUGACUACAUCUUCAACGGCUACAGCUGCUCAGUGAGGGACCUCCACAAGCAGAUCUCUAAAACUAGAGGGGACUACAGACAGGGCCAGAGCCUGCCCUCAGACUACAAGUUCAGUGCCCAGGUGAAGAGUCCAGCAGUAGGGAACCCACCUGGCCAUCAGGGAGCUCAGAAGGUUCCUGAUGGACGAGGAGACAUCUCUCGUGGAACACCUGCCCUGUUAGAGAAGGGAAAAGUCCCAAACCAGUGAGCGGAAAUUGACUCCGGGACCUGUGACAUCAUCGGUCACGUUAAAGAGAGACACCGCUCAUGCUAAAAAGCCAAAAAGACUUCUGCUGCAUCCUCACCACACUGAACAAAGGUCAGCUCCUAUCAGAGCUGCAAUGUAAGACUCUUUCUGGUGUCACAAGUCAUCAGGAGACACUGGAGAAAAACCUCAUCCGAACUGGUCUAGCUGGCUGGAGACAGACAGUCUGCUGGGAGAGAGGGACUAAGUCUAAUAUUAGGUGCACUACACUGGAAAUGUAAUGGGAGAUCUGUAUUACAUCUAUAACUGUCUUGCACACGUCUUGUUUGACUGAAUUGAAUUCAACGAAGCAAUGCUCCACAUACUGUAAAUCAUAGCACUUAAUAAUAAUAAUAAUAUAUGCCAUUUAGCAGACGCUUUUAUCCAAAGCGACUUAUAGUCAUGUGUGCAUACAUUCUACGUAUGGGUGGUCCCGGGAAUCGAACCCACUACCCUGGCGUUACAAGCGCCAUGCUCUACCAACUGAGCUACAGAAGGACCACUUUAUAGAACUCAGUUGCAUCAUGGAAGAUCUUCCUUAUUUUUCUACGGUCUACAAAUAAAGACUGUUGUCAAUAUGUGGACUGUUGUUUCCAUAUUAUCUGUCUUCACAUCCUCCAGGACAAAAAGAAAACUGUUUCAAAGUGAAAAAACAAAAACAAAAUGAUGAUCUACUGUUAUCCGUCUACCAGUACAAUUGUAUCAAACCCAGAGCUAUCUCAUUUCUUCCUGUUGUGACAUCAUACUGUUUCAGCUGAGAGAGACACUUCCUGACUGAUAAAGUGACUGUGUAUCAACCAAUGAUGAGUGAGAGACUGAGAGAAAGAGAACUAUGGGUGACUCAGUGACUCAGUGUUGCCUAAUACUGGUUUUUAGAAUAACCUAUACUGUGGAAUGUUCAGAGUGAGAAAUAUUCUGAUGAAAUAAAUGGUGAUGUUAGUUCCUUACCCUGCUUCCUCAUAGAAAUCGGUGACCUGGCAAAUGAACUCCCACGCAUUCCUUCAUUUUCCACUAAACUCAGAUAUUUUACUGGCUUUAAAUUAGCACUGAUGACAGAGAGAAAUGUUCAAUUUAAGCACAGCAUGUGAUGCUGAAAUGCACAUGAAUAUGUGGGCUAUUCUUUGUAUUAUUGGCCAUUGUUAUGAGCUAUGAUGAUAAACAUCAAGCUUCAACAACAUCUAGUCUAUUAUUAAUGAUGAUGAUGAUGAUGAUGAUGACAUUAUGGUCAUGUAUAACAAAUUAAAUGUGUGUACCUAAGGGCCUUGACUUUA